AAGUGUACUGUCUCCCAUUUACCCUACAGUCAGUCAGUCUGGGUGUGGUGUGCUGUGCUGUGGUCUGGGUGGAUACCAGAGUAUCACUCCAAAACGGAACUCUCAGGGCGUGGUCAGUCACAGUCUGAUACGGUCGUGCUACUGCUGAGCUCGAGUGUCAUCAGUAAGGAGAGAAGAAGAAGUUGGAUAGUUGGAGGAGGAAGAGGUCUGCUGCAGUCUAAGGCAGAAGCAGAUUGUCUUUGGUGAACAGGGAAGGAGAGGCUGGAUAGUUAGAGGAGAAGAGGACCAGACCAAAAGAUUACCUGCUUUUACUUAUUAUGUUUCUAGAGGAUGUAACAUAACGACAGAAGACAGGGGGAUGUGAACAGAAGACAGGGGGAUCUGAACAGAAGAUAGAGCGAUCUGAACAGAAGACAGGGGGAUCUGAACAGAAGACAGAGGGAUCUGAACAGAAGACAGAGGGAUCUGAACAGAAGACAGGGGGAUCUGAACAGAAGACAGAGGGAUCUGAACAGAAGACAGGGGGAUCUGAACAGAAGACAGAGGAAUCUGAACAGAAGACAGAGGGGAUCUGAACAGAAGACAGAGGAAUCUGAACAGAAGACAGGGGGAUCUGAACAGAGAAGUAGAAGAUGAGACUGGUGAAUAAUAGAGCUCAACUCUUUUUGAAGCAUUGCCUUUUUUCCAGUACUUUUAGAAUGUGUUGCAAAAAGUACUGGUAACUAACUCCCUGCAUGACUCACUGCAUGACGAAAUGCUAUUUCUGGUUACUUUUUCCAUGCUGAUGUUUCUUCCCCACAAAAUAUUUUCGAGCUCUGGCAUGUGGUAUCCCCAUUAAAACCCUUCAACGUUUGGAGGAUCUAUCAAAGAUUAUAAAUACUCAAACUUCCAUCAACUGUUACAGCGGCUACAAAAAGAGGUUUUAAUUUGAGAUGCCUUUUUCUUAUUUGUCAAGUUAUUUUCCUUUGGAGCAGAGGCAGGGUGUGUUUCUUCAGGUGUAUAGAUGUAUUAUUUCCCAUCAACACUGAAUGGCCACAUUGUGAUGGACUAACACAGCAUUACCUGGAUUGGAGACAGGUUAAAGUCCAUGACAUGCAUUAAACUGAACGGUAUGUGGGGAGAUCGCUGACUGUGCUUUGGACCUGAAUCAUAUUAGUUCUGAUUUAUUUUUACAUGAUUUAAACCUGCAUUUGAUAAAGAUCUCAACCAUGAACGGAGUGAACACUAACGACAACACUGACGCCGCUCAGGGGAAGGCCUCUUCCAACUCAUUCCUUGACAGAUUCUCCACCGUCUUUACUCACCCAGACAGGUCAGAGUCUCAGCGGCCUGACGACAUGAUGGCGGUCCUGAAGUUCUUCCAGACUCUCUCUGAAGAGAGCGAGACAGACACUUCUCCCAACACUUCUCCUGGGAACAUCCACAGCAGUCAUGAAGUUGUUGAAGUCAAUGGAAAUGAGAGGACAGAAGGAAAGGAUUCAAGUGCAGUAGGUGUGGUGCAGAAGAAUGGAGAAUCCACCACUACCACCACAGUUAUGGAACAUGACAGCAUGAAUGGAACUCUGGGCCAGAUGACUGUAGUACCGAGGAACAUGGACUCAGAAAAGGAAGAGAAUGCAAACAGCAACUGUCUUGUCCAACCAGAAGACAUCAUUUCAGAGUCUCAUUUAGGUAUAUAUGGUGAGUCAACAGACCAACCAGAUGAUUGCAUUUCAGAAAGGCUGUCCUACUUACAAGGAUAUAGUGGGUCAACUGACCCUGUUGAACAGAGAGUGAUGAUAAACAAACAUAGGAACAGUGUGUCUUCAGAGGACUGCAGUAUGAAGGAGCCUAUAGACACACAAAAUACCACAGACACAGCCAAUCAGGACAUGACAACUGACUGUCCCAGUACAGACAAGUUGGAAUCAACUGACCAGCACAGUCAGUGUGUGUCAACAAACAACCGUCAUCAAGAUAGGGUCACAAACAAUUAUGAUAAAGACAAAGUCAAGGAGAUGAAGCACACAGAGGUGUCGACAGACAACUACAACAGGCUGGCCUGGUUAACAGACAGUGAAACCAAUCCACGAGCCAGAAGUUAUCAGGAAAUAUUUACAUAUGAUAACCACAGCCAAGACUCACCUGCUGACAGCAAAGACUUACCUGCUGCUGAUGUUGUAGCCACAGACCUUGCUAACCCCUCUGCAGUAAUGGCUGGGGAACCUGCUACUAGUACACCACUACCUUCAAACACCAGAAAACUGGUGAUAACCAUGACCAGGACUGAGCCUAUAUCUGAUGACCGGCAGCAUACAGUCUCUGAAACUGAGAGCCUGUUAGAGGCUGGAGAUCCUGAAACUGAGAGCCUGUUAGAGGCUGGAGAUCCUGAAACUGAGAGACAGUUAGAGGCUGGAGAGGCUGAAACUGAGAGUCUGUUAGAGGCUGGAGAGGCUGAAACUGAGAGACUGUUAGAAGCUGGAGAUCCUGAAACUGAGAGUCUGUUAGAGGCUGGAGAGGCUGAAACUGAGAGACUGUUAGAAGCUGGAGAGGCUGAAACUGAGAGCCUGUUAGAGGCUGGAGAUCCUGAAACUGAGAGUCUGUUAGAGGCUGGAGAGGCUGAAACUGAGAGUCUGUUAGAAGCUGGAGAGGCUGAAACUGAGAGACUAUUAGAAGCUGGACAGGCUGAAACUGAGAGCCUGUUAAAGGCUGGGGAGACUGUUAAUGCACUGGUCGAGGAACUUCCUCACGCAUCUGUUCCUGUGUCUGAGAUCACAGCCCAUUCUACAGCCCAGUCCUCUCAGCCCUGUAGCCCCCAGGAUGGAGUCCCAACCCCAGCCCCAGCCAGUCCCCAGGAUGGAGUCCCAACCCCAGCACCAGCCAGUCCCCAGGAUGGAGUCCCAACCCCAGCACCAGCCAGUCCCCAGGAUGGAGUCCCAACCCCAGCACCAGCCAGUCCCCAGGAUGGAGCCCCAACCCCAGCACCAGCCAGUCCCCAGGACGGGCUCCCAGCACCAGCCAGUCCCCAGGAUGGGCUCCCAGCCUUAACCCCAGGUCCAACCAGUGGCCCUCCCUCUGGCACCAUCUCCACCAGAACCACCUUCUCCCCCGGUUCCCCCGUGGACAAGCCCCUCCAAUUCCCUGCCUUGUUCAGUGGUCUGAGGAUCCCAAAGAAGGGGGCGACAGUGCCGGAACAGGACAUAGUGGGCAAGAUCAAAACAUCAACCCCAGCAGGCCUGAGUGUGGACAAGCUUGUGAGGAGAAAGCUGAAGGCAGUUCGCAGGAGGCAGGGGAGCUUCUUGGACCAGCUCUCCCAGUUCCUGAACCUGGAGAAGGAUGUUAACAGUAAGACAGAGGAGUUUACAGGAGAGGACAGGAGGGAGUUUACAGGAAAGGAGAGGAAGGAGUCUACAGAAGAGGAGAGGAGGAAGUAUUCAGGAGAGGACAGGAGGGAGUCUACAGGAGAGGAGAGGAGGGAAUCUUCAGGAGAGGACAGGUGGGAGUCUACAGCAGAGUACAGGAGGGAGUCAGAACCCUCAGACGAGACCGAAGGAGUCAGAGUUGAACCUGAGGAUGGGAUGGAGGAGAAGGAGAAGGAGAAGACAGAACAGGAAGAGGGAGGAGAACAGCAGAAAACAGGAGAGGAGAAAAAGACAGACCAGGACACAGAGAAAGAGAAGACUGAAGUUCUGUCUUUGAUAGAGCCUCCGGAAUCUUCAGAACCUUCACAGACUCUAGAAUUCUCAGAACUUUUAGAACCUCAGAAGCCUCCUCCCUCCAGUGCUGAGGUGGCGUUCGAUGCCUUCAAGGCCUUCUUCAUCCCCAGGCCCCUGAGGAGAGAGGGAGACAGGGGCGACCAGGAGGCAAAGAGGAAGGCCUGGAUCUUUGAGAGAACCUCCAAGACUCCUGAAAAGAAAAACAUCACUGACUCAAAACCGGAGGCAUCGAUCUCAGGUGAUGGAGAGGACCGGUCCACCCCAGGCCGUCUGCAGGCCAUCUGGCCCCCGACUAAGGAGGAGAAGGUUGGACUGAAAUACACAGAAGCAGAACACCAGGCAGCCCUCCUGCAGCUGAAGAGAGAAUGCAACGAGGAGGUGGAGAAAAUACAGGAGGACUAUAGGAAGCAGCUGCGCCAGCUGAGAGGGGACAACGAAGAGUGUGUAUCCCAUCUGGAGGUCACCUUGGCCAGGCUACAAAGUGACUUGGCCCUGGGUGCCCACCACCGCCGUGGAGACCUCCGAGACGUGGCCGUAUCCACGGGAGAUGACCUCUCAUCCCGGGCCUUCCACACUGUGUGCGUCCAGACGGACCACAUGACCUUCCCCCAACCCCCCCUCAACUUGCCUAAGAGACUGGACCUGGCUUCUAUCAGUCUAAAUCUGUCUGGACAGGCUACCGCUCCCUCUUCUUCCCCCGUUCAUCUCCCUCUACCUCCUGCUCCUCCACUCCCACUAUCCGAGCCACCUGCACCUCAUGAAGGCUUAUUAUCAGGCAACCUAGCCCUUCCUCCCCCUCCUCCUCCUCCUCUUCCUUUCCUUCCUGCUCUAACCCAGACCCAGGGACUCGACGGGCCCCCUCCAUCUCUUCCACCCCCUCCACCAGGGUCCGCCCCUCCACCUCCACCCCCUCCACCAGGCUGUGGCCCCCCACCACCUCCCCCUCCAGGGUGUCUGACCUUCAGUACCAUGCUAGAUAAACCCCCCAGGAAGCCGGCUGUGCAACCAGCCUGCCCCAUGAAGCCUCUCUACUGGACCAGGAUACAGACACAGGACAACAAUAAAGACACACUGUGGAACUCUCUUGAGGAACCCGACAUCAUCAACACCACAGAGUUUGAAGACCUGUUCUCCAAGACCACCAUACAGACCAAGAGAAGACCUCUGGCAGAGGCCUAUGAGAAGAAAGCCAAGGCCAAGAAGAUCAUGAAGCUUCUGGAUGGGAAGCGUUCCCAGGCCGUUGGGAUACUCAUCUCUAGUCUGCACCUGGAGAUGAAGGACAUACAGCAAGCUGUGCUGAAUGUGGACAACUCCGUAGUGGACGUGGAAACCAUCCAGGCUUUAUACGAAAACAGAGCCCAGCCUGAUGAGCUGGAGCGGAUAAAGAAACACUACCAAACUUUCGAGGAGGAGCAGGUCAAGCUGCUGGACAAACCUGAACAGUUCCUGUUUGAGUUAUCUCAGAUACCAGACUUCCCAGACAGGGCUUCAUGUAUCAUCUUCCAGUCUGUCUUCAUAGACGCCAUCGCCUCCAUUCAGCACAAGUUGGACAUUGUCUCUCGCGUCUGCAAGGAUCUGAUGGACACCUCCAGUGUGAGGGAAGUGAUGGGUCUGAUUCUAGCCCUGGGGAACCAUAUGAACGGGGGCAACAGGACCAGAGGACAGGCUGACGGCUUUGGACUGGAGAUCCUGCCCAAACUAAAGGACGUCAAGAGCAGGGACAAUCGUAUCAGUUUGGUUGACUAUGUGACAUCGUACUAUCUCCGCAACCUGGACGAGAACGCUGGAACAGAGAGAAGUGUCUUCCCUCUCCCUGAGCCUCAGGAUGUGUUCCUGGCUGCCCAGGUCAAGUUUGAAGACAUCACCAAGGACCUGAGACAGCUGAGACGAGACCUGACAGUGUGUGAGAAAGGAGUUCAGAAGGUGUGUUCCAGCUCAUCUGAAGAACAUCUCCAGCCAUUUAAGGACAAAAUGGAGUCGUUUGUUCUGAUUGCGAGUAAUGAACAAGAUGAAGUGCAUGCCCAGUUGAUGUUUGCACAAAAAAGCUUCCACGAGCUGGUGACGUUCUUAGGGUUGAAGCCCAAGACAGGAGAGACUGAAGUGGCGACAGGUCACUUCUUUAUGCUGUGGUUUGAGUUCUGUACCGACUUCAAGACCAGGUGGAAGAGAGAGAACAAGAAUAUAUCCAAAGAGAGGCUGAAAGAGGCCCAGCUGUCGGUGAAGAAGAUUACAGCAGACAAGAAGGUGGAGACUAGGAAGAUCAACCCUAAUAGUCUGAAAGACAGGCUACGCCAGAAGGAAGCUAACAUGGUGGCCACAAGCUGAGAGACAGAACAGGACAGAGAAGAUAUUCAUGAGAAAACUGAUGAGUUGAUUUUUGAGGUAAGUGGGGACUUCUCCCACCUUCUACCGCCCACACAGGAUGAUCAGGAUCAUACCAGUCUCUGUUCCUGCCCACCGUCUUAUACACCAAGCCUGGAACACUGCCCUCUGAACCUCCCCCUGCUGGAGACAAGAAGAAACCCCUAUGGUUCACAGGUCACAAAGUCGCAGAUGGAUUCACUGACCAACAGGAUACUGGCAAUAGGGGGAUGACUAUUUUCUGGUUCAUUUUUUAUGGGAGUAAUGUAUAUUCAUUUAAAAUAAUACAUGUUUUUCAGUCAAAUAACUGAUUAAUAUCUGGUCAAAUGAAACAAGACAGUGUAUCUAGAUUGUGUAGGAAACUUUUUCUUGUGUAGAUUUGUUUAUGUUUGUUUUCUGGUAUUCAAUAUCAGAAGUUUUGUCUCUGUGUUUUAUAAGAAAUGUAUCAUGUUUUUCACCUUAUAUUUCCACUGUCAAUCAUUACAUCAAUAUAGAUAACAAUCAUCUAUGUAUCUUGCCAUCGGUCUCUGUUAUUACAACUUCCCAGCAACCCAAAACAGUUCAACAAGGUGUACAAAUACGAGUUUAUUCACCAACCACUUUAUAUACUGUACAUAAAUAAUACAAUAGCAUGAACGUUAAGUGCCGUCUAACAGUGCAGGUUUAAAAUGAAUUGACAAACUCCUCAAGAGUUUCUGAAGUGAGCGUGUCCACUGAGAAUGAUACUUAGAGUGACAUUUGGAAGAAAUUAUGCAUUUUGACCUCAAAACAUAUUUUUGUUCAAACAUUAUUUUUUGUUUUUUUACAAAUCAACACAGAACUAAAAAAAAAAAAUCAGUUGAACACUAUUAAAUCUGUAAAUCAUGUCAUGUGAUUAUGAACUGAAAUGUAUUGAUGUGAAAUUUUAAUUGUAUUUAUGUGAACUAUUUAUAAUUGUAAAAUGUGAAAAACUUCAAUAAAGAUGAUUUAAAAAAAGAAAAAGGAAACAA